CCCCCACCCCCCUUGGCCAUGGACACCCCUGGCUACCCUGCCUCGGCGCCCACAACCUUGGAACCUGGGAACACCUCCUCAGCCUGGCUCCCAGACACCACCCUGGGAAAUGGGUCAGUGGACCCAAGUGCAGCAGGGCUGGCCGUCAGCGGUGUCCUAAUCCCGCUGGUCUACCUGGCGGUGUGCGUGGUGGGCCUGCUGGGCAACUCCCUGGUCAUCUACGUGGUCCUGAGGCACACGGCCAGCCCGUCGGUCACUAAUGUCUACAUCCUCAACCUGGCCUUGGCCGAUGAGCUCUUCAUGCUGGGGCUGCCCUUCCUGGCGGCCCAGAACGCCCUAUCCUACUGGCCCUUCGGCUCCCUCAUGUGCCGCCUGGUCAUGGCCGUGGACGGCAUCAACCAGUUCACCAGCAUCUUCUGCCUCACGGUCAUGAGUGUGGACCGAUACCUGGCCGUGGUGCACCCCACCCGCUCUGCCCGCUGGCGCACAGCUCCGGUGGCCCGCACGGUGAGCGUGGCCGUGUGGGUGGCCUCAGCGGUGGUGGUGCUGCCCGUGGUGGUCUUCUCGGGGGUACCCCAUGGCAUGAGCACCUGCCACAUGCAGUGGCCCGAGCCGGCGGCGGCCUGGCGCGCCGGCUUCAUCAUCUACACGGCCGCACUGGGCUUCUUCGGGCCGCUGCUGGUCAUCUGUCUUUGCUACUUGCUCAUCGUGGUCAAGGUGCGCUCGGCAGGGCGGCGGGUGCGGGCACCCUCGUGCCAGCGGCGGCGGCGCUCGGAGCGCAGAGUCACGCGCAUGGUGGUGGCCGUGGUGGCGCUCUUCGUCCUUUGCUGGAUGCCUUUCUACGUGCUCAACAUCGUCAACGUGCUGUGCCCGCUGCCCGAAGAGCCCGCCUUCUUUGGCCUCUACUUCCUGGUGGUGGCGCUGCCCUAUGCCAACAGCUGUGCCAACCCCAUCCUCUAUGGCUUCCUCUCCUAUCGCUUCAAGCAGGGUUUCCGCAGGGUCCUGCUGCGACCCUCCCGCCGUGUGCGCAGCCAGGAGCCUCCAGCCGGAGGACCUCCGGAGAAGACGGUAGAGGAAGAGGAGGAGGAGGAGGAGGAGGAGGGGGCAGGGAAGCAGGGGGAGAGGAAGAUGAAUGGCCGGGUCAGCCUCAUUGCGCAGCCUGGCACCAGCAGGCAGGAGCGACCGCCCAGUGGCAAGGUCAACAAGGACAAGCAGUUCCUACCCCAAGAGGCCUCAGCGGGAGACAAGCCGGGCACACUGCACAUCAGCUAUCUGUAGGGGGCCUGUGGAGGGCCA